GUGUACCUUUGAACGUUCAGCUCCCCAUUUGGUAUCCUUCGUAAUUUCCUUUGCUUUAGUAUUUUAACGGCCCUCCGGCAUAGCGUUUCGGAAUCCAGCAUGUCUUUUACCUUGCCGUAGGCCCCUUCUCCCAGCAAAUCGCCCAUCACGUACUUUCCUAUUAGCUUUAAUCUCCGUUUUUUCUUUUGAUAUAUGAUUUGAUCGCUAUCGACUUUAUGAAAAAAAUUCGCUAUGUUAAGGUUCUCGAGAUCAUCGUCGAAAUCGGCGUUAUUUGGAUCGUUGAUGAAAAGAUUUUCCUCAUCUUCAAUCGAAUUCACCUCAUCUUUGCUAUUAAAUAUCACAUUUGUUACUUCUCUUUCUUGAUCGGAAAUGUCGGCACUCUCACUAUCUAAACUUUUACUAGUAUUACACAUAUCUCUACUCAUUAUUCGCUUUAAAUUACUAACAUUUUUUUGUGUAAUUUCGGAAAUCUUUCAGACAUACCUAUUUUAUAUUUGUUGCCAUUCCAAAAGUCAACAGCUGUUUUAAACGCGUAUGUUGGCAGCAUUGCUCAUUAUGUAAUUUUAAUUGUAUUUCAAUUUUUUUAAAAUUCUCACGAUCAAAAAUUUAUUUUGAAUUACAUUUUCGCAAACAAUUUAAAUCUGUUAGUUUAUUAAUUUAUAAUUGAUUAAAUACUUUCAAAAAUUUAUAUUUUAGACAUUUUUGCUGUCCAUGUCAUAGAUUGCUUUAAGAAAAAUUCGUGGCUGCUUCAACUUAUUUAUUUUACUAUUAAUGCAAAUUAAAUUAUGAAAUGAAUUAAAAUAUUAAUAUUCAGAUAUAAAUAGCAAUUUGCAACAAAAUAAUUGUAAAAUUAACGUAUGUUGUUCGCUUAGUCACUGCCUUAUUUUGAUUUUCUUUUUUGACAUAUGUCUAAACAUAGAAUUAAUUCCCCAUUGUUGCUUAAAAAGCCUGUCAAUAUUCUGUCACCUGUCACGGCUGUCACUUAAAUGGCAAUGUCGCAAUGUCAAAGUCACCUUGGUAAAUAUUUUUAAAAGGUUCGUAUUCAAAAUUCUUUUAUUUUAUAUUUGUGAACUAUAAUUUUAUUUAAUGGGUUUCUGUAUUUAUUUACGAUAUUAAUAUUAAGCUGUUAUCUGUUAAUUGACCUAUGCUAUUGGUUCUGUAUUUAAGAAUAACAUCGUUUAGUCAGAAAAUUGAAAAACAAUUUGCAUCAACAAGUAUGUGUCUUUUUUUGGAAUUACUAUUGAAAUGUAGUUUAUUCUUGAUACUUUUUACUUGUUUUUUAAUGCUUGGAGUGUUACAGGUUGUAUUAAAAUUAUUAGGCGUUACCAAAUGCAUCGACCGUAGCGAAAAUAGUGAAGAAUCCAAAAAAACACCGGAGUCUAAUUCCAACGGGUCUAGUACAAUUAAAUCACAAAAGAAGGAAGUGAAAGUUCGCCAGAGAUUUAAAAAAUCCAAUGAGACUCCUACCUUCAAAACCGAUUUAAAAGCGCCUAUCGAAGACAUCAUCGAAGAAACAAUUAAUGAAGAAUACACUGCUGGAAACAGCGGAAAGAAAGACAAAAAGAUCGAAGGCGAUGACCAAUUAACAUCCAAAAGAUCCCAAACCAUCGAGGACGAUAUCGGUUACUCAUUUUUUAACCUAAAAUCAGUUAAUCAAACAGAUAGAGAUACCAUCACUAAGAAACCCAAAAAAACCGUUUUAAACGAAGUAGUGCCCACGGACGAUGUAGGAUUCUCAUUUUUACCAGUAAAAGAAAAAGGAAGGCGUUACAAAAGCAAACCCAAAAAGGAUAUCACCCUAAACACUCUGAUAGAAAACACGAAUAAAAAGCAGGCAAGAGAUUUAUCGAAACCGCCUAUAAUCGAUCACUAUCAAAACCGCAAUCAAGAAAAACACAAAACAAAUCAACUCGACGCUUAUCAAUCGAUCAGUCUAGACGAUAAUUCUCAGUUACAAUCCAAACAAAAAGAAAGCAAGAAAGUCUCGCCUGCCAUCUCCUACGCCAGCAUUGUAGUAAACAACGCGGAAGAACUGACGAAAGAAGAAACUUCCACCGCAACUAAAACGAUUCUCGACGAAUCCGACUCCAGCUCCAUAGAAGUCAUCAACGACAAUAACUUCGAAGAGACCGCAAACUUCGAAGUCCUCGUUAAUAAAUUCGAAGGUACCAGUCUAAACGAACUAUCGAUCGCUCCGUUAAAACACUUGGAGAGUUCCUCGAAACAUUCUUCCAUUUGCAUCAUCGAUCAGGAGGAAUACGAAGAGUAUUUACCCGAAGAUAAAGCAUCACUGCAUAACUCAGAGGAGAACGAAAGUUGUGUAAUAGAAUCUAUUGAAGAGAAUACUCCGGAAGUUACCGAUCAAAACUAUUUGAAUGAAAACCUGGCUAACACACUAAACUCCAUAGAUUUAAAAGAAGACUCAGCUAACACUGUUAAGGAAGAAUCUGCUUCAGAAACGAGCUUCGAUACAAUGCAACAAGUAAGAGUUCUGACUCUGAACAAUCACGAACACCAAGAAUGCACUUUAUACAGAAUAGAAAAGAACUGGGUGGUUCAAUUUAGAAUCGGUCCAUCUCUAUUCGGCAGGAGAGUAUUUUUAUACUGCAACUACCCGGCUAAAGCGAGCAAUAAAUUAAACCAAUUCCAACGCAAUAAGUACCAGCAAUUGGAGUGGAUCAGCGAAGAGGGCUGCAAAAACGCCGACGAUACGGCCCUGUACGCCGAAAUAGAAGCGGAAAUAGCCGGUAGUUUUCACUAUUAUUUUACAUUCGAACAAAGUGAAACCAGCGAAAGACACGGUUCGGGAUACUUCCUCGUCGAUCCAGUUCUCAAAUACGGCAACAACGAAGACCUGCCGUUGGAUUGUAUUCAAUGUCAGACGGUAUUAACGAAGAGUUUGGGUUCGUUUUCGACGUGGGAGGAUAAAUUGCGAGUGUCGAAGCAAUCCGGCUACAACGUCAUCCAUUUUACUCCCAUCCAGGAAUUGGGCGAAUCGAAUUCAUCGUACAGUUUAAGCGAGCAACUCAAGUUGAAUCCAGUUUUCCAGAAAAGUAACGGGAAAAUGCCCACGUUCGAUGAAAUCGAACAGUUUAUGGACACUCUGAGGAAAGAGUGGAAGGUUUGUUCCAUUUGCGAUAUAGUGCUUAACCACACAGCGAACGAAAGCAAAUGGAUACAAGAACACCCCGAGGUGACAUAUAAUUGCUCGAACUGUCCCUACAUGAGACCGGCGUACUUACUCGACGCGGCCUUCGACUUCUUUUCCGCCGGAGUAAAAAGAGGAGAUUACGAGGACAAGGGAAUACCAUCUGUAAUAAACACAGAAGACCACUUGAACGCCAUUCGUUACCACUUUCGCACUAGCAUUUUGGAACCUUUGAAGAUACACGAGAUGUUCACGUGCGAUUCCACCAAAUACGUCGCGGAAUUCCUCAAUUUGGCUCGAACUGCAUCGCCGAAUUCGCCCCAAUCGAGACCCGAAAGCGAUGAAUUGAAGCUCAUUCAAGACCCCGAAUAUAGAAGACUGUCCACGAAAAUCGACAUGAAACUGGCCCUGAAAUUGUACAACGUUUUCUGGACCGACACCUACGACGAAGACUCCAGACUAAAAAAAUGCUCGGAGCAAUUCAAAAGCAAACUCGACUCACUCAACGAUGCUAAAACUGUAGAAAUCAACGGGCAUCUAACUGCUGCUAUUGAAAACGUAUUAGCCGGUAUUCGAUACUUCAGAAUCCAAGCGGACGGACCGAAAUUCGAAGAUAUAACAAUCAAAACUCCGCUGGUUUACCGUUAUUUCACGGACUUUGGUGCACCGAGCACCCUCGAAGAGUACGAAGAAUUAAUGUACAGCGAUAACGGUAGAUUUUUGAUGGCCCACAACGGUUGGGUAAUGGACUCCGAUCCGUUGAAGAAUUUCGCCGCGUCCGAUUCGAAGGUGUAUCUGAGAAGAGAGCUAAUCGCUUGGGGCGACAGCGUGAAAUUAAGGUACGGGGAUUCCCCCGAAGAUAGCCCUUACCUCUGGGAGUACAUGAGAAAAUACGUGGAACAAACAGCCAGAAUAUUCGACGGAGUCAGAUUGGAUAACUGCCAUUCCACGCCUCUACCCGUAGCCGAAUACCUAUUGGAUUGCGCUAGAAAAAUUCGCCCGAAUCUCUACGUAGCCGCCGAACUGUUCACCAACUCCGAUUUGACCGACAACAUCUUCGUCAACAGGCUGGGUAUAACGUCGCUGAUACGCGAAGCCCUCAACGCCUGGGACUCCCACGAGCAAGGCCGUUUGGUGCACCGUUUCGGCGGUUCCCCGGUCGGUUCGUUCUACCAACCGAACGUGCGACCGUUGGUACCUUCAAUCGCGCACGCGCUGUUCCUCGAUCAAACCCACGACAAUCCGAGUCCGGUGGAGAAGCGCUCCGUGUUCGAUCUCCUGCCCAGCGCAGCUCUGGUGAACAUGGCCUGCUGCGCCAGCGGUUCCAACAGAGGAUACGACGAGCUGGUGCCCCAUCACAUACACGUGGUGGACGAGGAUAGGGAAUACCCCGAAUGGACGGAGGAUGUUAAGUUGAUUGGAAGUUGCCGAUAUGUUUGUAAACAAACUGGUAUUAUAGCCGCUAAAAGAGUACUCAACGAUUUGCAUUUUUUGUUGGGUAAAGAUGGGUUUACACAGGUGUAUGUAGAUCAGAUGGAUCCUGAUAUAGUAGCGGUAACGCGUCACUGUCCUGUAACGCAUCAAAGUUACAUAUUGGUGGCCUUUACGGCGUUCAGCCACCCGCCAGAGAGCGCUGGUGAUGGUCAACGUACUAUUAAACCGCUACGUUUCGAAGGCGUGCUGGAGGAAAUUGUCGUGGAGGCCUCUUUGAAUCUCUCGAACGCCACCGUAUCGAAUUUCGCUAAACUCGACGAUUUCGCAAGAGAUCCUAAAUGGAUCAACGGCCUUCCCCAAUACCGAGUAUCACUCAAAGAACACCUACAGAUAAAGGAGUCUGAUGUUUUCGAACAAAUCGACUCCGGCUCGCCGAAUGUCACCCAGCUAAAUUUCAAAAAUUUCAAACCGGGAUCCAUCGUAGUUAUCAAGACAUCUUUACCCGAAGCGAUGAGUACUGCUAUCAAAACGAUUCGAAACCUAAUUAGCAACAUAUCGCUCGACAAACCCAACGAAUUCUCGCUCAUCGUAAACGAAUUGAACCUCACGGACAUGAACAGGAUUCUAUUUAGGUGUGGGGAAGAGGAACGAGACGAAGGCUUCGGAUUCGACACCUACAACAUUCCCAAUUUCGGGCACAUGGUGUACGCCGGUUUGCAGGGCGUCAUGUCCCUUCUCUCGAACAUCAGACCCAACAACGAUCUCGGGCAUCCGCUUUGCGCGAAUUUAAGAGACGGCAAUUGGCUGAUCGACUACACGUGGAAGCGGCUCAAGCUGGAUCCGUCGACGGCACGGCUCGGCGCUUGGAUCGAAGACAACACGAAAACGUUCGCCGUUAUCCCCAGAUAUCUGGUGCCUUGUUAUUUCGACAUGCUAGUAACCGCCGUUUAUGUUGUAGUUAUGAAGAAAACUCACGAUCUCAUGUCGGAAUUCGUCAAUUCCGGUUCGACUUUCGUGCGAAGCUUGGCUUUAGGAUCAGUACAAGUAGCCGGUUACGUUAAAUCCUCGAAUUUACCGACGCUGUCUCCGAAUUUACUACCCCCGAAACCGCCUGGUAGGAUUAUCGAUAAUCAGAAGGUCCAAACUUGCGUUACCCUCUCGGCGGGGUUGCCGCAUUUCUCCGUGGGAUACAUGAGGAACUGGGGUAGAGACACGUUCAUAGCGCUGAGAGGACUUUUGAUUCUAACGGGCCGCCAUCAGGAAGCUCGCGAGCAUAUUCUAGGAUACGCAGCUUGCAUGAGACACGGUCUAAUACCGAAUCUAUUAGACAGCGGGCGCAACCCGAGGUUCAACUGCCGCGACGCCAUCUGGUGGUGGUUGUAUUGCAUCAAGGAAUACGUAACGGAAGUGCCCGAUGGUGUUAACAUCCUUUCCGAUGUCGUAUCGAGAAUAUUCCCGACGGACGAUUCCGAUAACCGAUCGCCCGGUACGAUCGAUCAACCGCUGCACGACGUCAUCCAGGAGGGAUUGAAAGUUCAUUUCCAAGGAUUGGCUUUCAGGGAGCGGAACGCCGGCAGGCAAAUCGACGAGCACAUGACCGAUCAAGGUUUCAACGUUCAAAUCGGCGUGCAUCCCGAAACGGGCUUCGUGUUCGGCGGCAACCGGUGGAAUUGCGGCACUUGGAUGGACAAAAUGGGAUCUUCGGACAAAGCCGGGAAUCGCGGGAAACCGGCGACGCCUCGCGACGGUUCCGCGGUGGAACUGAUAGGCCUUUCGAAAUCGGUGAUUACCUGGUUGGGAAAACUCCACGACGCCAAACAGUAUCCUUACAAAGGCGUCGAGAGAGUGGGCAGGAACGGCGCGAUCACGUCGUGGACGUUCAAGGAAUGGGCGCAGAAGAUUCAGAACAACUUCGAGAAGUGUUUCUGGGUGAACUCGACGCCGGUCGAUGGGGAGAUCCGUCGGGAUUUGAUCAACAAGCGCGGCGUGUACAAGGAUUCGUUCGGAUCGAGCGGCGAGUACACCGAUUUCCAGUUGCGGUGUAAUUUCCCCAUUGCCAUGGUGGCCGCUCCCGAGUUGUUUUCGCCCAAGCGCGCUUGGGAGGCGUUGCGUAACGCGGAGAAAUAUUUGCUCGGGCCGCUCGGGAUGAAAACUUUGGAUCCCGACGAUUGGGCGUACAGAGGCGAUUACGAUAAUUCGAAUCAAUCGGGUGAUAGUUCGGUAGCGCAAGGUUUCAACUACCAUCAAGGGCCGGAGUGGUUGUGGCCGAUUGGAUUCUUCCUGAGAGCCAAAUUGAUAUUUGCGGCGGAAAAUGGAGCGUUGAAGGAAACAUUGGCGAGUACUAAAGUGGUGUUGUCCAAACAUUUCGUGGAGUUGCAGACGUCCGAUUGGCGCGGAUUGCCGGAGUUGACCAAUAGCAACGGAUCUUAUUGCGGGGAUAGUUGCAGAACGCAGGCGUGGAGUAUGUCUACCAUUAUUGAGGUCCUUUACGAUUUGCAAAGCAUGGAGGCUCGUCUCGAUCCGCCGGAUAACUGAUUCGUAAGUAACUUAGAUGUAAAAUAUAGUAAAUUUAUGCAAAAAAAUAAAUACGAGAGCUCGGAAACUAAGAAAUUGUCGCCGCAAUUGUGCAGGAUAUUAAGAACGCAGAAGAUUUAUACUGAAAUUCGUGAGAUUAAAGUUGUAGAUUAUUCCAAGGAAGAAAUUGCUGCCAAAUUUGUAGAAAAAAAAGUACCCGCGUCUUCCGCACGUUUUACUUCUUAUAGUGAUAAAUAUUUUAAAUUUAAUCAAGUACUGGCUAGUCAGAAAGUAAGUCUUAAAAAUUACGUACAAAUAGAUAGGUCUGUAUUGGUAAGCAAAUGUUAUUCUUCAUCUAAUUUUGUACCUCUAUGUGAUAUUUAUUCGUCUAAUACAGACAAUUCCGAUUUGUUCUCUUCGGUGCCAACUAAUAAUGCAGCUAGUUUUAAUAAGAAUAUUUAUAUCAAAAAACGAGGUCCCAUCGACAAUGAUUUAGAUCAAAUAGUAUUGAUAAGAGAGGAAUCGUCUCGCAAUGAAGAUUCAAACGAAUCGCAACCAAAUCAAAAUGAAUUGCUCUUGGAUCCCGUUUUGUUGGAUGUGAGAGCGAGACGUUUACAUCAACAAAAGCUGAAUCAAAUAGAACACAAUAAAAUUGUUCGAAUAACUAUAGUGUAUAUUUUGGCUUUCUUUGUCUUGGCGCUCGUAACAUUUUUUAGUUUAUAUCUACUCUGAUGACUAAUUGAAUAUCGUAAUUCGUGUCUAUUGAAUAAGAGACUGCUUUAUUGCCAAUAUAUUUUUUAAAUUUCGAGGGUUGUUAAGUUUAUAAUUAUGUAUAUUAUGAGAUUUGUUAGGUAUAUAAUAAAUUAUGUUUAGCACUCGUGUUUUUCAAUUUUUUAUUAAGUGAAUUCAUUGAAAAUCUCUAAAAAUUAACAAUGUUUAUUUAUUACACGACUUAUAUCAUUUAAUAUUGACUAGAAUACAAAGAAAAGCGAUCACAAAAAUAAUUGCCUCGCCAUUAUAAGCACAUAAAUGAAGUGAAACGUCUAAAGCGUAUAAUUUCAAAGUAAUUAUAAGGUUUCCAAAGCACAUUCAUCAUAACACAAAAUUUACCCAAUCAUUUAGCCACUUAUUUAGCUACUUAUCUUAAAAAAUAGAUUUUAAACAAAAUAAUUGGAAUAGACUUAAGCGUUAAAGUAUCCUAAAUAUUUUCCUACUAGUAACAAAAUAGUUAUUAUUGAUAUUCCACAAUUUUAUUUACUACAACUAUACACUAGAUGAAUGUACUGUUACCGGGAAUGUCUAAUUAAUUAAAAUAAAAUUCCAGUCUUUUGAAUGUUACUCAACUAAACAUUUGAAACGUUAACAAAAUAAAUUAUGAAUAUAUAACAAACCAAAUAAUCGAUAGCACUUUAACCGAGAAAAAAUUAAACGUCAUCGAAGAAUCCCCUGGGCGAGGCGCCCACUCUGCUCCUAUUAAACCCGUCCAAUUGGUAGUUAUCAGAAAAACGGGCCUCCAAUUCGCUGGGGUUUCCGAAACGUUCGCUAAUUCCAGUACUAGCACCGAAUCUCACGUCUAUAUCGUCCUCGCUCGGCGGGAACCUGGUAUCGAUUUCCGAUGUAUAUUUAGUGCCACUGUACGAAUCUAAUCCGUGGGCGUCUCUCAACGACGAACGGCUGUUAUCUAAAUUAUCUAGCUGUCGAUCUGUAAAAA